GGUAAAUAAUUACUGAACUACGUGGUAAUUUUGUCAAAGUUUGGUUCAGUUCUGAAAUCUAAAAAUGGGCAGUAAAAAGUCAUAAUGCAGCUCAUAAUUAAAGAACAAAACAGAAUGUGGUGUUUUGCAUAAUUACUGGUUUUCCCUAAAGUUACAUGGAUUUACACACACAUUUUUUUUAAACUUCAACUUAUUCAACAACAGUCAGUGAAAGCUCAGAUGUUGGUGUCUUGUUUAGAGUUAGGCCUUGCUCAGGCUAAUAUUGAAAUACAGGUGGAAGAUAUUCCAUUCUGAGUUGAACUCCAUCAGAAAUAUUUACCUAAAACCUGUUACCUAAAACCUUUAAUAUUGUAACUAUCUGCUGUGUUUUGGUCUCCUUGUUAGGAGUCAAUUAUCACCAGCUGUGUGUUGUUAGGCAGCUAAGUUCUGAUUGAGCAGCAUUUAUGAACCAUCACCUUUGCCUCUGGCAUCACAUUAGCUGUUCAACAUGGUCACUGUAAAGAUCUUGCUGAGGGUUUCCCUCUUCUGCUUGCUGCUUGUGGAUGUUUAUGGCUCUCCAGUGAAAGGCUCAAAAUCUCAAGGCCAAGGCAGACCUAGUGACUCUGGAGGAGAUCAUGGCAUCUACCAUGCUACUGGCUACUCUGCACCUGGCUCCUACAGCUCAACUGGAGGCAUUUCUAAGCUAGUGACAAAACAUCUAGCUCAACCCCAGUAUGUUCUGGCACAACCUGUGCCCGUAGGCCGGCCCUUGUCUGUGCCCAGAGGAAGAUAUACUGCAAGCGGUGGUUCUCUAGUCCCUCUUCAAGGAGGCUUUGUUGGCUCAUACAUGCCAAUUCUGGCAGGUUCUAGUCCCCUGGUUCCUCUUCCAGCAGUGUAUGCUAGCAGUCCUCCACAACCUGGAACUCAGGCUAACUUCCCUAAGAUGCAGUGGGUUAUAGCCCCUCAAGCCUUUGAGGAAACCACAACAAACGCCCAGCCUCAAGGCUUGAGCAUUGUUGGGCCACCACUCCCUCCAGCACCUUCUGCACUGGCCCUUCAGUCUGGAGACACUUCUAAAGUUGUGAAGGAGGCUGAGAUUGGGAACUACCAGCAGCAGAUGGAAGCGUUUGGUUACCCAUCUGACCGUGUGAGGCCUGGUCUGGGUCUUCCACCUGUUGCUCUGCCAGCUUCUGGUGUGGGUGGCUUGUUGGGCUUCCCUUCUCCCUACACUCUUCCUUACCCCUUCCCCUACCCUGAUUUAUACUACAGGCGCCUGUAUGGACUGUACCCUCUUGGCACCUACACUACCUUCAACAAAAACCAUGAGAAGGGCAAAGACUACUACCAGACCAUCCACUAUCUGAAAGAACAUGGCUCUGAUGUGCCACAGAACCCUGGCUCUCAGCAGCAGCAGAGGCUUAAGAUGCCCCUUUAAGUCUUUGUGUUAAAUAUGACAAAGGUGGGUUAACGGUUGUAACAUACUAAUGUAUCUUGCCAUUGGUUUAACUUUUUUCUUGUAGAUGGAGUCUUAAGGUUCUACCAUGUCUUUUAAUAAACUUUUCCUCCAACA